AUGUCCAAGCAUACAAAAAAUCUUAUCAAAGAUUUAACUGAGUCCCUGAAAAACUCGGACGAUUAUAAUGUAAAUAUUAUCGUUGGUGAAAACAGCAAAAUAAGAAAGUUUCAAGCUCACUCGUUUAUGCUUCGUGCACGUUCUCCGUAUUUCCGAC